GCCCCGCCCGGCCCGGCUCCUCACCCACCUCAGCCGCGACUGUCUUCGCCGAGCCCCCGGGGCCAGGUGUACCGGGCGCGCCACGAUGCGGCCGCGGCUGUGGCUCCUCCUGGCUGCACAGCUGGCAGUUCUCCGUGGCAGCUCAGUCCUCCAGCAGACCCCUGCAUACAUACAGGUGCAAACCAACAAAAUGGCGAUGCUGUCCUGCGAGGCUAAAAUCUCCCUCGGUAACAUGCGCAUCUACUGGUUGAGACAGCGCCAGGCCCCGAGCAGUGACAGUCACCACGAGUUCCUGGCCCUCUGGGAUUCCACAAAAGGGACUGUCCAUGGUGAAGAGGUGGAACAGGAGAAGUUAGCUGUGUUUCGGGAUGCAAGCCGGUUCAUUCUCAAUCUCACAAGCGUGAAGCCAGAAGACAGUGGCAUCUACUUCUGCAUGAUCAUCGGGAGCCCCGAGCUGACCUUCGGAAAGGGAACUCAGCUGAGUGUGGUUGAUUUCCUUCCCACCACUGCCCAGCCCACCAAGAAGUCCACCCCCAAGAAGAGAGUGUGCCGGUUACCCAGGCCAGCGACCCAGAAAGGCCUCAAGGGGAAGGUAUUUCAGGAAUCCUUGUCCCCCGAUGCCUGCACGGAAACUACAGCAAUACUGCAACCUUACAGAAGCUGCUUAGCCCAUGGAUCCUGAAAACCAUAGGCAAGAAGCACAGGUCCCGAUGAGUGGAUCUUUACUACUUUUACUAGAUUCCUCCGUCCUGCAGAGGGAUCAUCCCACACACCCAGCAGAGACUUCUCUGCCACCAUCAACCCCCCAAGUCAUAGGGGGCUCAAGUUCUGCCCUGGUGAGCUGUGGUCCCCAUCUUUGUGAACCCCCAAAGUGUCCACCUUGUGGAACUAAAUGUAUCCAUCUUGAAUAAAUUUGCCCCAAAUCCUAAAGACUGGGAAAAGGGAACCAUUGAGCUUGUUAAGUACUGGGGAACAUCUUUGCUUCCUGCAUCUCUAGCACCAGAUCACCAUGAGUAUGAACCACCCAUUUCAGAAGAACCACCAAAUGCUGAGGUUAGAGAGGGUUACUUAUGUCAGGCAGAUGUUCUCUCCUUGUGAGGUAAAACAUU